AUGGCCACGCGUCCCGCUGGCAAGGCGGGCUCUUGGUAUCCACGUGCGCUGGACGACCUCGAGGGCCAGCUCAACGGAUACCUCGCCAAGGUCCCCGAGAACGUCGAUGGCUCCCUGCCUGCCUGCCUCUCCAGGCACGCUGGCUACGAUUACUCGGGCGACUGCGCGGCUUGGGCAUACAGCUGCCUGGAUCUUAGCAAAGCGAAGCGCGUCUUCGUUCUCGGUCCUUCGCACAGGUACUACUUGGAGGGCUGCGCCGUCACCACAUUCGCCAAGUAUGCCACGCCAUACGGGGACUUUACCGUGGACAGGGACAUUAUCCAGCGCGUCAAGGAAGCGGGGGACAUGGCCGACAUCCCCCGAUCCAAGGACUCCGAGGAGCAUUCGCUCGAGAUGCACCUGCCAUACCUCUGGAAGCGCUGCGAAAAGACGUUUGGCUCCCCCGACAAGUUUCCAACCAUCGUGCCUAUUCUCAUCGGCGACAAUAACCGCGCCGAAGAAAAGGACGUAGGCCGGGUCCUCGCCUCAUACCUCAAGGACCCCGAAAACGCCUUCGUCAUCAGCUCCGACUUCUGCCACUGGGGCGACCACUUCAGCUACCAGCCAUACUCGCCGACCAACGACAUCACAAAGCUCACCAUGCUGCGCUGGCGCGACUCGACUCCCGCGGGGCCGCCGAUCCACGAGACGAUACGCCUGCUCGACGAGGCUGCCAUGGACGCGGUCAAGAGCGGCAGGCACGACGCCUUUGUCGACAACCUGCGCCUGACCGGCAACACCGUGUGUGGCAGGCAUCCGAUCGGCGUCGCGAUGGCGGCCCUAGAGCUCAUUGCGAAGGAGACAAACGACAGCAGCAAAUACCGCUUCAAAAUUGUGCGGUAUGACCGGAGCAGCCUGGUAAAAAGCGCCAACGACUCCAGCGUCAGCUACGUGUCUGCGUAUGCCGUGCUGUAG